GGCAAAAUUUUCUAGAUAUCUUUCUUCUGUUGUAAUAACUUAUAAACUUCUUGUUUAAUGGAAAAACAACAACAACGUGCUAUGAAACAUAUUAUUAAGUUGAAUCUACAAACUUUCUUAAUACUAUGACGUAUACGUCACGUGACGGCGACUUUGAAUUCCCUUUCCAAAAAGCGCGCAAUUCAAAAUGUCGUAUCCUAUUCUUUCAUACGAAGAGGCAAUUUCCAGUUUACGUCAAAUGUUUGACCUAAAUGUGUGCGAAGAGGAGCUCAGAAGACCCACAUCACAGUUUGUUAAGAAACUUAUGCUAGACCUUGCUACAACAUCUCUUGGCAUAUCAAGGGAACAAAUGAUGCAGCCACCUUUCAAGUUGGUCAGUAUGCUUCCUUAUCCAGAUAUUUUAGAGGAAGGAGCAUCAUUUAUAUAUUACACAUUGAUUGUACAAAGAUUCCUCCAUUCAUGUUUGGUGAAAGAUUUUUGA